CUUCGUGAUCCAGAUAUUAGUCCUGAUCUUGGAAAUGUUUUAAAGAUGGCGUUAAAUAUUUUCGUGUAAUUGAUAUGAAAAAGUAACAAAAUGGAAGAAAAUUUUCCAAGAGGUGGUAGCAAAAAAAGAGUUAAAAAAGAUUCUGUAUCAGUACAAGCAGAAGAAAAGGACCUUUUCCAUUCAGCAGAACCAGAACCAAAGAAGAAGCCAAAGAAGGAAUUUGGAAAGGAAAAAAAUGGGAAAAUUGUAAAAAAAAAUGAUGAUACUGAGAAGAUUGUUGAGAGAACAUGUGCCUUGAAGAAAAAUAUGGUGAGCACUGGGAUGCUGUUACUGGGAUGUGUUACACGGGUGGAGGACUAUGCUUUGUGUGUGGGACUCCCUAAUGGCCUGUCUGGCUCCAUACAAAUCACUCACAUCUCUGAUGCCUAUACACAGCUGUUACAAACACUAACAGAGACUGCCUCCAGUGAUAAUACCCUGGAUGUAGCCAGUCUCCACGAGAUGUUCCAUGUUGGUCAGUUACUGCCCUGCAAGGUAGUGGAUAUGUCCAUUGUGAAGAAAAAGCAUGACUUUAAACUGACCAUCAAUCCUAGAGAAGUAAACGAGGGUAUGGAAGCUAGCCACAUCAAGAAGGGCAUGGUACUGCAUGGCUGUAUCCAGAGUCUAGAAGAUCAUGGAUAUGUGGUGGACAUUGGUAUCAGUGGAACGCGAGCUUUUCUCAACCAUGCAGAUGCUGAGAACUUAAAUGAUGCCCUUCAUGUUGGUGAAGCUGUUUGCUGUUCAGUGAUCACUGAUGGUGAUGGGUCAGAAGUGGCCAGAGGGAGUCUGCGAGUGAUCAAGGUCUCGGUAGACCCCAAAAGGGUGGCCAAAACACAGCUGGAGAGCUCGGUGAGAGUGCCGCUAACAUGCAUUGUACCAGGAAUGAAAGUCACAGCCACAGUAACCAAGGCUGAUGAGGAUCGGCUUCUAGUCACGUUUCUUCAGUUUCGUGGCCAUAUUCACAGUUCUCACCUACCAAAGCCUGCCGUUACUUAUAAGAGCCAGUGUGAGAUUGAAGCUGUCAUAUUGUAUGUAAAUGGGAGUACAAAGAUUGUCUCCCUUUCCGCACUCCCUCAUCUUGUCAGAUAUUCUGGUGUUGCCAUAGAGAACCAGUUUGGAUCACUCAAGCGGGGAGAUGUUCUUACAAAUUCAACUGUCAGCAAAGUGGACAGUCGUGUUGGAGUCUGCUUUUCACUUGACAAUGGCAAGAAGGCCUUCUGUGAUAUUCCUAAUCUCCGUGACCGUUUAGUGGAAAAUGUUCCAGACCUCUUCAUAAUCAACGAUACACACAAGUGCCGUAUAAUGGAUUUCAACCCUGUGGACAACUUGGUGAUCAUCAGCCUGAAGGAGUCCAUCAUGACAAAGUUUUUACAGUUUCAAGAUAUAGUACCAGGGACAACUGUGGAGUGUACUGUUCAUCAGAUACUUGAGAAAGGUGUUUCAGUCAAGAUCAUGGAUCACCUGCCUGGUUUCAUUCAAAAUAUCCAUCUGGCAGACUUCCCGUUGAAAUACCCGGGUAAAAAAUUUGCUGCAGGCACUACCAUAAAGUGCAGGGUUUUAAGUGUGGAUGUCAUGAAGAAACGGGUGUUGCUGACCAGAAAAAAGUCCUUAGUUAAUUCUAAACUGCCCAUUCUCACUGGUUGGAGCCAGUUGGAGACUGAUCAGCUGUUGGAUGGAUUUAUUUGCAAUAUCACAGAAAAGGGGGUGCUGGUCGCCUUCUACAAUUACAUGAAAGGAUGGGUUCCCCGUAGGGAGCUCAGUGAGGAGGACAUACGCUUCCCUGAGAAAGUGUUUAUGAUGGGCCAGGUGGUCAAAUGUCGAGUUUUGAAUUGGAGUGAGGAGACCAACAAACUCACUCUCUCCUUCAAGAUUAAGCUGACACCAUUUGGCAAAAACAUGGUUGUUGAGGUUCCAGAUGACUUCAAGAUUGGAAUGCUAGUGGAAGGAAAGGUCAAGUCAGUGUCCAAUACAGGUGUGAACGUCACCCUGGAACCAACAGGUGUUGAAGCCUUCCUGCCCCGAAAUCACCUGUCCGACAGCCUUGAAGGAUGUAAUCUACUGAUGGCUCACUAUAAAGAGGGCGUCCCCCUCAAAGGACUCAUGUACCUAAGCAAGGCCAGUGUUCUUACAGUCACUCAUCGCAAGUCCAUGUGUGACAAUAUUGACCAGGUUGUGUCGGAGUUUGACAAGCUACAGCCUGGUAUGAUUGUACCUGGUACUGUAAAGCGACUUAUGGAUUACGGUAUAUUUAUUGAGUUCCCUGGAGACAUAAGUGCUUUGGUACCUAAUAAGUAUGCGGCAGACACAUUCUUGCGCAAUACGUCGGUCGUAUUUUCUGAGGGUCAAGCAGUUUGUGCAAAGAUCAUACAGGUGGACAGAGAGAAGUCACGCUUGCUUGCUUCCCUCCGACUUGCAGACUGUUAUGAUGGUGAUACAGAUAUUGGAAUUAACCUCCUUAAAGACACACUAGCAGUGAUGGAUUUGGCCCAAAAAAUGUCAAAAGGCGAACAUGGAAAAAAGGUACUGUGGAAGCACCAUGUGGGGGAUAUUUGUGGUGGCAAGGUCACAGAGGUCACAGAAAUGGGCUUGCUGUGUGUGCUGGACAGUGGUUGUAGAGCAGUCAUCACACAUGAUAACAUGGACGAUUUAGAUAUAAGCAAAGGAGGUGAGGUAAGAGGGCUAGUCAUCAACCUAGACACAAAGGAAGAGUGUGUGGAGCUUUGUAUAUUGAAAGACGUGGUCAAGGGCUUCAUCAACAGGAAGGGUCCUCCAGCCUCCAAGAUCGUGGUUAGACAGAAAGUCAACUGUAGAAUUGUGCUGGUGAGGAAGAAUUUUGUGGUGGGCACGCUGAAGGGGCAGGGGGCAGGAACCCUGGCCUACAUUCCCGUCAAAAGACACCUGAAUGAUGUACUUGAGAUGUAUCAGUUCUACUCUGGCCAGGUCCACCCCGUCAUUGUCAAACAAGUGAACAAGACACAUGUCCUGUGCGCUCUUGAACUACAUGAGACUAGGAAGUUAGAGAUGCAGGGUUUGGAAGGAGAGGUAUUAAAGAACAUCAAAACUCCUCACGACUAUAAAGCUGGGGACCUCGUCAUGGCCAGUGUAAAGGCAGUGUUCUCUCUACAGAUAAAUAUCAGUGUUGGACAAGCACACGGGCGGGUACACAUUUCUGAAGUCCUGGACACUAUUAAAAAUGGGGAGAUGCCCUUAAGUGACCUACAGGAGGGAGAAGAGAUCAAGAUCAAGAUCAUUGGAUUCAGGGAGGGCAAAUCCAGCAGUUUCCUGCCAAUCAGUCACCCUAACCGUAGAACUGCCCUGCUGGAGUGUUCACUCAAACCAAGUAAGCUGGAGAAGAAGGGAGUUGAUGGGACAGAGGAUGUGAACUGUACCUACAAUAUAGGAGACCAAGUCCAAGCCUUUGUACAGAACUAUAACAAUGGUAACCUGAAUGUCUGUGUGAGUUCUACUGUCCAAGGCCGAGUGAACCUUGUCAACUUGUCUGAUGAUCCGGCAGUGCAGGAGAACCCAAAGGCACACUUCCUACGGGGCCAGGCCUACAAUGCCAGGGUGAUAGGUGUGGACGACAGUAACAUACUCGAUCUCUCCUUCACAGACCAGGGGAAGAUAGAAGAGGGGAGAAGGGUACAAGGUAUUGUGCUUUGUACCACCUUUUCCCUGGAGCUUCAGCUCGACCUGUCACAAGGAUACAAGGGUGUGGCCUCAUGUACUGACCUGUCUGAUAUAUACACGGACAACCCGCUCCGCAGCUACAAGCGUGGCCAGGUUGUGCACUGCUGCAUCCUGUCUAUUGAUGAAAAGACCAAGCAGUGCCGGGUGUCACUCCGGAAGUCGAGACUUAAGGACACUAAAAAGACAAGCAAGGUGAAAGACCCAGAAGUAAAGGAUGUCCAAGAGCUCUCCAAGAAACAGAUUCUCCGCGGCUACACAAUGGGCUUCAACAACAGUCUCUUGACUGUGUGCAUAGGAAAUGGAGUAUAUGGAAAAGUGAGUAGAGAGGAAUUGUCAGACUACCAUGUGAAAUCCUGUGGGGUAGUGUUUUACAAAGGACGAGUGGUCACAGCACAGAUCCUCAGUGUGGAUGGUGAUGUAACACUUACUCUGAGAGAAAGUCGUACCGGUGUAACAGACCUGGUGCCAGUGGACAUGAGGACAGAGAAGGAGAUCUUGGGUUCAGACAGCCAGACAGAGGAAACCCAUGUUAAAAGUCGUAAGAGAAAGCUUUCAGUGACUGACGCAAACAAUACAAAGGGAGAGAACUCAUCACAGGAAUCAUCAGAAGAAACAGUAACAAAGAAAUCUAAGGGAAAGAAAAAGAAAAAAUCCAUGACGAAAUUAAGUCAAAGUAGAGAGGAGCAAGAAGAGGAUGAAGUGAAGAUCUUAGCCUCACCUCCUGUCUGUGGGGUUAGUGAAAAGCCACGUCUCUCCGUAACAGGAUUUUCCUGGGACGCAGACCUUGCGAGAGAUACAUCAACUACAGAAGUGGACAGUGAUGAUGAUGAUAGUGAUGAGGAGGUCCAGAGACCAACAAAGAAAACAAAAGCUCAAAUUCGUGCUGAGAAGAAAGAAGAAGAAAAGAGGCUAGAUGAGUUUGAGAAACGUCAACUAGAGGGAGACAACCAGCCAGUGUCAGUGGACGAAUUUGACCGUCUGGUUCUGACCUCCCCAGACAGCUCUCUGGUGUGGCUCCAGUAUAUGGCUUUCCACCUGCAGACAGCAGAGAUUGACAAGGCACGUGCUGUGGCUGAGAGGGCACUCAAAACCAUCUCCUUUAGGGAGGAGCAGGAGAAACAGAAUGUAUGGGUGGCCUUUCUGAACCUAGAGAACAUGUAUGGUAGCUCAGAUCUGCUCCACAAGGUGCUGGAGAGGGCUGUUGCACAGAAUGAACCAUCCAAGAUCUACACACAAAUGAUCAACAUCUACGUCAAAUCAGGCAAGAUAGAUGAAGCUGAACAGCUUCACAACAAGUUGGUGCGUCGUUACAGCCAGGAUAAGGAUAUUUGGAACAGUUUCUCAAUGUUCUACUACAAACAUGGACGUGUGGAUGACGCUCGCAAACUCCUUCAGCGCUGUCUUAAAAGUCUCAACAUCAAACACCACGUGGAAACAAUAGCAAAGAACGCCCAGCUGGAGUUUAAGUAUGGAGAUGCAGAACGUGGCCGGACCAUGUUUGAGAGCGUAUUGGGUAACUACCCUAAAAGAACAGAUUUGUGGUCAGUUUACCUGGACAUGGUGGUCAAGUUGGGUGACUGUCAAGAGGCAAGACAACUGUUUGAGAGAGUGAUACAUCUGAAACAGUCAGCAAAAAAAAUGAAGUUUUUCUACAAGAAGUAUUUGGACUUUGAGAAAGAUUAUGGAGAUUCUGAGACAGUAGAAAAUGUGAGGAGGAAAGCCUUAGAAUAUGUAGAAUCUCAAGGAUACACAGAGGAUUGAACAGAUUUCACAAUGUAUGAUCGUGUAUUUUGAUAAAUAUCAAAACAAACAGCAUCAGGGAAGUGUAAGCUGGCAGAAGUAAAUUAUAAUAUAUUUGCUGUUAAAUAAUGACAUGACAGCAUGUCAACAAUGGAGAAUUUGUUGCAAUUUCACCAGUUUUAUAAUACCUGUUUCGGUAGUAUAACUUCAUAAAAGGACAAAGGGUCCGACCAUUAAUAACGAAAUAAAAAAUCUUUUUUUAAACAGUUUUUAAAUAAAUUCAAUGUUGAUUUUUAAUGCUAUGUUUUCCAUAUCUUCACUGAAUAAAGACAUCAAAUAAUA